CAGGACUCGAAGACGAUGAGCACGGGAUCCGCGCUCUCCUCCGAACCGCGAGAGUUUAAGGAGCGCCAGGGCUUUAACCGGCGUCGGGGCGCUCUUCGACGGCGUGUGCAUCAAGUGAAUGGACACAAGUUUAUGGCCACUAUUCUACGUCAGCCCACCUUUUGUUCGCAUUGUUCGCAAUUCAUAUGGGGUUUAGGCAAACAAGGCUACCAGUGUCAGGUGUGCACGUGUGUCGUACACAAGAGGUGUCACGAGUCAGUGGUGACCAAAUGUCCCGGUUGUAAAGAGGACAACGAUAGCUCGCUGUUGGCCGGACGGUUCAACAUCAACGUCCCGCACAGGUUUGUGGUCCACAGCUUCCGGACGCCCACCUAUUGUAACCAUUGCGGCUCAAUGUUGUACGGAAUCUUCAGACAAGGCCUCAAAUGCGCCGAAUGUGAUAUAAAUGUCCACAAGAGAUGUCAGAACAAUGUGGCCAACAAUUGCGGAAUUAACGCCAAAGUGUUGGCCGAUGUGUUGCAAGGAUUGGGUAUUUCGGGCGAA